CUUGUCGCCCCUACAAUCAAAAAAAUUUUCUAAAGUCAAGUUUUAUAUUAGUGUACAUUUUCUUAGUUUUCCAUAUACUUACUUAUACAUAACAUCAAUACAAAAUGGGUAAAGUUCACGGUUCCUUAGCUCGUGCUGGUAAAGUUAAAUCUCAAACUCCAAAGGUUGACAAACAAGAAAAGCCAAAACAACCAAAAGGUAGAGCUUACAAAAGAUUAUUGUACACCAGAAGAUUCGUCAAUGUUACCUUAACCAACGGUAAGAGAAAGAUGAACCCAUCUCCAGCUUCUCAAUAAGCUAGUUAAAUUUGAUAACAUCUUUUACUACUACAUUUGUUGCUUUUAGGUUCAUUCAUGUAUAACAUAAUUUUUCAAAAUUGAAGUAGGAUAUAUAUAUAUUUUGUAUUCGGUCAUUAUUUGAGGUCUACUAUACAUACUUACAUUGUAAUUAAAAAGUCAUUACAAUGUAUUGACUCAUGUUACAAUAAUAUUUUUCUUACAUUUAAUAUAUAAACCAUUCAUAGUAUA